AUGACACAGACGACUUCUACCUCAAAAGACCGGACUUUUCUAUUUACGUCGGAGUCUGUGAAUGAGGGCCACCCUGAUAAACUUUGUGAUCAGAUUUCGGAUGCUGUACUAGAUGCCUGUGUGUCAGAGGAUCCGAAUUCUCGCGUAGCUUGCGAGACAUGUGCCAAGACGGGUAUGGUGAUGAUAUUUGGUGAGAUUAGUACAAAAGCAAUUGUCAAUUAUGAAAAAGUCAUUCGUGAUACAAUUAAAGAGAUUGGAUACGACGAUCCUGCAAAAGGUCUUGACUAUAAGACGGUUAAUGUUAUUGUUGCCAUUGAACAACAGUCACCUGACAUUGCUCAGUCAGUUGACUCUGUUACGGAUGAAGAUGUUGGCGCUGGCGACCAGGGCAUCAUGUUUGGCUACGCUUCAGACGAGACGCCAGAACUCAUGCCUCUGUCGCACGUGCUUGCCACUAAAUUAGGCUCUAAGCUUACGGAUGUGCGCAAGAAUGGUACCCUUGACUGGAUUCGUCCUGAUGGCAAGACCCAAGUGACGGUGGAGUACAAGCAGGAAGACGGUCGUAUGGUCCCGCAGCGUGUGCACACGGUUGUUAUUUCAACUCAGCAUAACGAUGAUGUCACGAACGAGCAAAUUGCUGCUGAUCUUAUGAAGCACGUGAUUCAGACUGUUAUUCCUGAAAAGUAUCUGGAUGAUAAGACUGUAUAUCACCUGAAUCCAUCUGGACGCUUUGUGAUUGGUGGUCCGCAUGGUGAUGCUGGUUUAACUGGCCGCAAGAUUAUCAUUGACACCUACGGCGGCUGGGGUGCCCAUGGUGGAGGUGCUUUUUCUGGCAAGGAUACGACAAAGGUUGAUCGCUCGGCUGCUUAUGCUGCUCGUUGGGUUGCCAAGUCUGUGGUAGCCAAAGGCCUUGCCCACCGCCUCCUUGUGCAGCUUUCGUACGCGAUUGGUGUACCUUACCCGCUGUCGAUCCACGUUGACUCGUAUGGCACGGUAAAGGAGGGUUUGUCAGACGGCGAACUGGUGGAGAUCAUUAAGAAGAACUUUGAUCUACGUCCGGGAAUGAUCCAAAAGACGUUGCAGCUGAAGCGCCCUAUCAUGCAAAAGACUGCUGCUUAUGGCCACUUCGGUCGCGAGGACGGGGACUUUACGUGGGAAACAGUGAUGGAGCUCGAGCUGUAG